GUCUAUACCUGUCCACACUUCACACCUGUCUGCGGGUAUGGGAAGCAACUCACACACACACACACACACACACACACAUCUGCUGGCGUGUCGUAACGUGUCAGUGACGUGUUUGGGACGAGAAUAGGAUAGUAACACGUCAUUUUUAAGGUGAGAUAAGGUGACGUGUGCUAAGAGAGAGAGAGAGAGAGAGAGAGAGAGAACUGUGUUAACCUCUUCCUGUGUCGCCUGUCAUUUAUUUUACAGACUGUCACACCUGUUAAGUGUAUGAACAAGCCACAGGGAUGAAGCAGCUGGCGGUGGCGGUGCUGGUGGUGCUGAUGGUGGUGGCGGCAUCUAAUGUAGCCAGCGGAGAGGCAUACUUCGAGACACUGUAUGAAAUGAUGGUGGAGGCUAAAGACACACUGAAGGAGGUGGCUGAAUCUGUCAACCAGGGACUUAAGACAGUCGCACAUACUAUAAAAUUCGUCGAAACCUUCAUCGACUCAACUGUGGAGGAGGACUGCAUAUUUAAAUGUCCUAGGAAGAGAAUACCUGUGAGAAACACGAACCACAUACCGCAGGCGAAUGGGUGUGGGUCCCUUGGCAUGUUUUUUGAGAAGGAAGACUUGCCACGCAGUGAAAUGGUCGACUGCUGCAACCACCACGACCUCUGCUAUGAUACCUGUGGUGCUGACAAGGACAACUGUGACAUGAAGUUCAAAAGGUGUCUGUAUAGCACCUGUGAUGUCGGCAGAGAGGAGGGGAACUUUAUAGCAGAGAAGAAGUGCAAGGGAGGGGCCAAGCUGCUCUACACGGCUACCAUGGCUCUCGGCUGCACAUCUUUCAAGGAGGCGCAGAAGGAGGCGUGUCUGUGUGUGGAUGCCAAGGAUAUCCCCGGCACACGUAAUGAGUUAUAAUGAGUGUGGCGAGUUAUUUAUUAUUGUGACGGGUUUAGUGAGUUAUUGGUGGUUUUUAGUGAUUGAGUAAAGGAUGUAGUGACUGUUGUUUUAAAUCUGAGUUUUGUAUAUUUUAUUGUGAACAUUUGGGUUUAGUGAAGGUUGUAAGUGGUCUCAUUGGUGGUUUCAGUGAUUGUUGAGUGAAGGAUAUAUGGUGGAGACUCAAUACUCGAAUGUCUUAAUAGUCAAACUUUUCAAUACUUGAAUGCAAAAGUUCAAUUUAAUACUAAAAAAUACUUGAUAGUUGAACAUCUACACACAUGGUUAUAAACAAAGGCUCCUGGCCUCUCCCUCUCCCUCCGCCAGUUGUGCUGCCACAGUCGUCAGAAUAAACUUCUUUAUUCUGGCCGGUUUUAAUUUAUAAACUUACAUUAACACCAAAGGCUUAUUAGUGAUAAAAACAUCUUGUAAUUGAAUGGACGCACACACAUGGUUGUAAACAAAGCUCUGGCCUCUCCCUCCCUGUUGCUGCCAUUGUCCCGUUCUGAUACCAGUAUUACUAACAAUACCAAAACAAAAUACGGGUAUACUGGAUACCGGUGUGCAUCCCUAGUCCUGCCACAGUCUUGAGAAAAACAACAUUUUUCUGCGUUCUGUCAGUAAUAUUUCAUUUAGAAACAAUAAUGGCACCAAAGAGGCUUAUUAGUGGUGAAAAUAAGGAAUCUGGUGAGAGUGCAAGUGUUAGUGAGUCAGCCAGUCCUCCCGUCUUCUACGUUAUCCAUCACCAGCAUUCACUUACGAUAUGUACAAAUCAAAAUAAAAAAAAAAUAUAUAUAUAUAUAAACUUAAGGUUUUGGUAAGAUUAGAACAAAUUGCCUGAAUUAUAGGGAUCGAUAGUUGAAGUUUUUGAUACUCGAACAGCCAUUUUAAAUCUGAGUAUUGAGUCUCCACUGUACUGACUUGGUGUUUUAUGUUGAGUUGUAUUGAGUUAAUGAAGUAAAUUCUUUAUACUUUGGUCUAGUUGGAUAUUUCAGUGAUUAUUGAGUAAAUGACAUAAUGACUCGGUUUUGUAUUGUAUUGAAAUCUUGUGUGUCUAUAGAAAGAGAAAGUCAGGCUACAUUUUACUUAUUGUACACGGGUAACCGGAGGCUGUUAUGUUAAGUUACGCAGGAUGGGAAGUGUAGUUAAGUGUAUAGUUAGGUCAGGUGGCUCAGUGUUGCGUGUCUUGACGGAAAACACUAAUAAGAUAAAAAAGGCCUGUGGAAAAUUGAAGGUCAACGUUUGCUCUAUAUACAUGUAGCUUGUGUACGCUUUACUCAGUGGAAUAGUCCAAACAAAAUGUCCCAUUAACAAAACGUUAUGAGUGAUCGUUUAUGUGUUAAGUUAGAAAAUAAAUAAAAGGCUAUAUUUACUCUAUUUUCUAUAAAGAGGUGGCUAGAGGCUGUAUGUUAAGUUAUGCAAGAUGGAAUGUGUAAUUAAAUGUUCCUAGAGGCAAUUAUAAUGACUGUGUGUGUGUGUGUGUGUAUGAUAAGAACAAUGUGUGAUAGAAGUCUUUCAUUUGCUAUCUCUGUGCUGCUAAGUGUCUGUGCCUUGUGACGUCCAUAAGUCUCGUGUAUAAUAAAAAGAAGCUGUG